AUGGAGCCGAGGGUGGUGAAGCCGCCCGGGCAGGACCUGAUGGUGGAGCGCCUCGAAAGCCGCUACGGCGUGGGGGGCGGCUGCCCCGCCGAGCCCGGGCGCCGGCGGCCGGACGUGGCGGAGCGGCGGCGGAGGCGGCGGCGGCCUCCCCGUACCCCAGAUGAGGAACUGGAUUCUUUUCAAGAUUUAAAACAACGGGAAACGGAAGAGUUCAUUGGGAAUGAUCCUAGGGUUAGGGCCUCCGAAACAAACAAGCAGCCUUUUAAACAGAUAAACAGAGUUGCUGGGCCAACUAAUUUGGCCUCAGAUUCAAGGAACUGGACUGACUGUUGCAGUGAUGCUAGUGACUCUCCUUCGAAAUGUGUCAGCUCCCCAGCGUCCAGAGCCUCAAACAAGCAGGGUGUGCUUCCACAUCAGGUCAACCAGAUCUACGAUGAGUUACUCCAGAUAUACCAGAAACUGCAGUGUGAAACUGCAGCACAACAGGAAUUUGCUGAAGAGCUUCAAAAGCGAGAACGUUUUCUGGCUGAGAGAGAAGAGCUGCUUUUCAGACAUGAAAGUGCCUUGAAUAAAAUUAAAGGUGUCAAAGAAGAGGUUCUUACAAGGUUCCAGGUCUUGAAGGAGCAACAUGAUGCAGAAGUUGAGCACUUAACUGAAGUUCUUAAGGAAAGAAAGAAAGAAAGCAGGAGGCUAAGGUUCUCUUUUGCUGCAUUGAAAGAAUUGAAUGAUAGCUUAAAAAAACAGUUAAAUGAAGUAAGUGAAGAAAACAGGAAGUUGGAGGUUCAGGCUAAAAGAGUUCAAGCUCGUUUAGAUAAUUUACAGAGGAAGUAUGAGUUCAUGACGAUACAGAGAUUGAAAGGAUAUCCCCACGCCGCUCACGAAGCAAACAGUUUAAAACGGGAAAAAGUACCAGUUUCAAAACCUCAUAAGGUACCACUUAAUGGACAAGUCUAUGAACUUUUAACUGUCUUCAUGGACUGGAUUUCGGAUCAUCACCUUAGCAAAUUGAAACGUGAGGAAUCCGGGAUGGAUGGUGACAAGGCACAACUACCCACAUCUGCUGCUCAGAGCAAUGAUACUCAGGAGAAGUGUGUGAAGCUUUUGCCUGUGAUGACUGAGCAGCUACAGUGGAUGCCUUUUGUGAAUGCCAAGCUUCACGAGCCUUUUGUAAAGUUUAUAUAUUGGUCUCUAAGGCAGCUCGAUGCUGGAACACAGCAUUCCACUAUGACGUCAACAUUGAGGCGACUGGGUGAAGACAUAUUCAAAGGAGUAGUGACCAAGGGCCUUCAGGGUAAUUCUUUGGAGCAUUCUGUGGAGAGUAAACCAAAGACAGCUGCUUUCUUUAAGAGCUCCAGUUUACCUCUGAGAUUUUUAUCAACUUUAAUUGUUCUCAAAACAGUCACACAAGCCGACUACCUGGCGCAGGCGUUUGACUCUCUGUGUCUGGACUUGAAGGCGGAUGAAGGGAAGAGCCUGUUCUUGGAGUACCAGGCUGUCCCCGUGGUGCUGAGCCACCUGAAAAUUUCCAGCAAAGGGCUCCUGUCCUGCGUCAUCGACAGCCUGCUGCAGAUGACUGUGGAAUCCAGGUUCCUGCAGCCCUUCCUGCAGGUGUGCAGCUGCUCCCUCUUCUUCCGAACCUGCUCGGUGCUGCUCCGGGGCCCGAAGCUUGACGUCCACAUCCUAGAGAAGCUCAGCAUCAUCCUGCAGAAACUGUCCAAAAUCAAGAGUAAUAAGAAGCUCUUUGAACUCUUUACAGUUCAUCUGAGGCUUCAAGAAAUACAAAGGACGACACAUCCAGAGCAUGCAUUUCUCUGUAUUAACCUGAAUUCAACUCUGUUCAAUUUGGGUUUAACAAAAUGCAACUCCCUGGCCGCCAGUACAAACCCUUAG